AUGUCUCGUUUCACUAAUAAGGUUGCAAUUAUUACUGGUUCAUCAAAUGGAAUCGGAAGAGCAACUGCAAUUAUUCUGGCAAAAGAUGGUGCAAAAGUGACAAUUACUGGACGAAAUGCUGAACGUCUCGAAGAAACAAAACAAGAACUUCUGGGUGCUGGAAUUAGUGCUGAUAAUAUAAAUUCAGUUGCGGUUGAUGUUACAACUUCUGCUGGACAAGAUCAACUUAUAAAUUCAACAAUUCAAAAAUUCGGAAAGCUCGACAUUCUCGUCAACAAUGCUGGAACUGGGGUAGCCGAUCCUUCUGGAACAACUGGAAUUUCCCAAAACAUUUCAAUCUACGAUAAAACUUUUGAGUUGAAUGUGAGAAGUGUUAUUGAAUUGACACAGAAAGCAAAACCACAUUUGAUAGAAUCAAAGGGUGAAAUCGUCAAUGUCUCUAGCAUUGGAUCCGGACCACAAUCAGUAAGUUUCUUUUUGAAAACAUUCUGAAUUAGUUGACGGGAGUAUUUUCAGCACCCAGAUCUUCCAUUCUAUUCCAUGUCAAAGGCCGCAAUCGAUCAAUUCACAAGAAAUAUCGCAAUCGAGUUGGCCAAAAAGGAUGUUCGUGUGAAUAGCGUGAAUCCAGGAUUAGUUCAAACUGGUAUAAUGCAAGCGAUGGGUGCGCCAACUCAAAUAUCGGAUAAACUUUACGAAUAUCUUGGUUCAAAUCGUGAUUGUAUACCAAUUGGAAGACAUGGUUAUCCAGAAGAUAUUGCAAAUAUAAUUGCAUUUUUGGCUGAUCGUGAAGCUUCGUUUUACAUUGUUGGUCAAACGAUAAAAGCAGAUGGUGGAUCAACUUUAGUUAUGGCAAUGAAUACACACAAUCUCACUGAUCUAUUGAAAUAA